GAAAAACAUGUCGACUAAAAUAAGCUCAUCGAUCCUAGUGGUCAACAAAAAAUACACCGAAAUGGUGAAACCCCCAAAACACAUUCCUUCACACACUCUUUGCCUUUCAACACUUGACAAUGAUCCUAACAACGAAGUUAUUUACAAGACAUGUUACGUUUUCAAAGCCAAGAACGUUGUUGAUGAUAAUAACAAGCCGGAAUCUUUGGUUAGGGAAGCUUUGUCUAAUCUUCUUGGCUACUACUACCCACUCUCGGGAACUUUGAAGCGAACUGAUCGAAAGCUUCAGUUGAACUGUGGCAGCGACGGAGGUGGUGUGGCGUUCACCGUGGCUACUGCUAACGUAGAGCUUUCUUCUUUAGAGUAUCUAGAAAACAUUGACUCAGAUUUUGCCUUAAAGUUCUUGCCAGAGCUUCAAAUGGAUAAGGAUGGUUAUUCCCCUUUUGCCUUGCAGGUGACCAAGUUUGAAUGUGGAGGAUUCAUCUUAGGGAUGGCUAUGUCGCAUGCAAUGUGCGAUGGAUAUGGAGAGGGACAUAUCAUGUGUGCCUUGGCGGAGUUGGCUGGCGGAAAGAAGAAGCCGACGGUGACGCCGGUUUGGGAAAGAGAGAGACUUGUGGGGAGGCCUGAAGAAAACAAUCAAGCUCCCUUUGUUCCUGGAGGCGACUUAGCUGCUUCACCCUACUUACCUGCUGAUGAUUGGGUAAGUGACAAGAUAAAUGUUAGAGUUGAGUCCAUAAGAAGAUUAAAAGAAGCUACACGGAAAGAGUGUGACUUCUCUAAUGAGACAGUAACUACUUUCGAAGUCAUAGGAGCUUAUUUGUGGAAGUCAAGAGUUAAAGCUCUGAGUUUGAACCGAGAUGGAGUCACAGUUUUGGGUUUUUCUGUAGGAAUCCGAAACGUAGCGAAUCCACCUUUGCCCGAUGGAUACUACGGCAAUGCGUACAUAGACAUGUACGUCUCAUUAACAGUUAAAGAAGUGGAAGAACAUACCAUCUCAGACAUCGUGAAGUUUAUAAAAGAAGCAAAGAGAAAGGCUCGCGACAAAGACUAUCUCAAAGAAGAGCUUGCGAACACUGAAAGUAUCAUUAAUUUGAACUUAACGAUCACAGGUAGGAAAGAUGGGUUCUUUUGUUUGACGGAUUGGAGGAACAUUGGUAUUUUUGGAUCGAUGGAUUUCGGGUGGGGUGAGCCGGUGAAUAUUGUCUUUGUUGUCCCACCAGAGACAGCUAGAAUGGUUAAUAUGUUCAUGCCAGCGUCGAGAUUAGAACCUUCGAUGGUCGGAGGAGGGCUUCAAGUCAUGGUGACAUUGCCAAGAGCUGCAAUGGUAAAGUUUAGAGAAGAGAUGAAUGCUCUAAACUAAAACUUCUUUCUUUCUUUUAUGUGGGACUCAAUAAAUUGACAUGAAUAAAUUAUAAAAGAAGAUUACAUCUAAUGUUGCUGAGAACAAUGUUAGAUGAUUACUUUUGUUUUAUAUAAGCCGAUGUUUUACGUGAGUGUUGGUAAAAAAUUUGACGUUGC